AUGAGCAAUAGUCAAUAUUUAUUUACACCGCCGAGUGCUGACAAAUUAGCAACGAAAAGUUCUGACGAUGAAGAAGAUGAAAUUAAUCUGCGAAGAGGUUUCGAUCCUGAAUGGAUAGAAAGAAAUUGUCAACCGAAACGUUGGUAUUAUCCACAGGAGAAGCGUGAAAUAACAAAAUGGCAAAAGUCGGGUCCCAUGGGACGGAAUGAUUGGGUGCGCUUUUAUAAAUGGGCAUCCAAAAAUGCCGUUCCACGUGAACUGCCAGAGCCAAAGAAAGAACCUGCAACUGCAGAUACAAAACAAACCAAAAAAAAAUCAGAUAAUAAAACUAUGGAGCACUUGAACAAACUAAGUAAACCAAAGAACCCUCGAGAAAAAUACAAAUUCCCAGAAAAGAAAGUUUUUUCUUACUCACCAAAGACCAAUACCAAAAACUCUGCACGCAAAGAACCCCGUCGUCCUUUUGAGAAACCUAAAGUUCCUGAACAAUUUUAUCAUAUUGAUAAUGAAACUGAGUUUUGGUCUACAUUACGUUUCCCUGUUGCUUACAACGCACGAAAUUACAAAGCGACACCACACAUGAAGGAACUAGCGCAACCACGUAUACCGAAUACUUACAAUAUACACUGUCCGCUAUCGGGUCGGAAAUGUGAAGAAAUACCGGUUCGGAAGAAAAUGUCUAAGCGCCAAUGGAUCGAACAUAUGCACCGUUUGGAAUACUUGGCGAAACCAAAUAUUCGCAAUGAUUUCGAAAGCUGUAUAUGUUUGGAUCCAUGUCGGUGUAUGUACUACUAG